AUGAUACCCACAGCUUCUUCGAGUACUUUGGCUGCACCACAACUGGAUACGGACGCAGACUUGCCCAUGUCAGCCGUCCAGGCGCUUAAGCGCCGCCGCCUGUUGCAGCAAGCACACCAAGAUCGCCCCCAUUACAGCUACUCGGACGACGACGACGACGAUAAUGGCCCGUCUUCUUCCACGUUUGUUCCGCUCAAGCAACGCCGCAUGCAACAACUGCAACAGAUUCAGUCUCGUGCUCGAGGCCUGCCAAACAAUAUAUCACACAACACCGAUGAGCCCGAAGAGGAUGAUCAGGAUCAGCAAGACAUGACCGUACAACGACCACAGCGAUCGCUCCUCGACGAAGCUAGACUGUUGCGCGAAAAGAAGCUCGAGGAAGAGGGCGAAAAGACGCAGGCCGAAAUACAGGCCGAAGAGGAACGCAAGAUUCUCGAAGCUCAUGCUGCUCGUCGAAAGCUUGCCAGUGACAUGGAGCUUGCCAAGGGCAUUCAGUACACUGAACCUCUCACCACCUCCUGGACAGCCCCUUCUUUUGUCCGCAAUCGAUCUCUCGAGCAGAAUGAGAAGCUACGUGAAAAGAAUCAUAUCCUCACAGAUGGUGUCGACGUUCCACCCGUCAUCACCAACUUUCGCGACAUGAAGGUUCCCGAGUGCGUCAUUGACUAUCUCAAAACACAAAAGAAGAUCGUCAAGCCAUCGCCUAUCCAAAUGCAAGGUCUUCCCACCGCCUUUUCCGGCCGCGACAUGAUCGGUAUCGCCUUUACCGGUUCUGGCAAGACACUCGCCUUCUCGCUCCCCAUCCUCAUGCUCGCAGCCGAAGAAGAGCGGCGUCUGCCCUUCACACGCGGCGAAGGGCCCGUAGGAAUGAUUGUCUGCCCUUCACGAGAGCUCGCACGUCAAACGUACGAAUCCAUUAAAGGUCUCGCUGAAGCGCUCGUUCAAGGCGGCUAUCCCCAAAUCGGCGUUCUCCUCUGCAUCGGAGGUAUCAGCAUGGCCGAGCAGCACCACACCAUGUCCAAAGGCUUCCAUAUUGUCGUUGCGACUCCCGGUCGUCUGCAAGACAUGCUCACCAAGAAAAAGUUCACGCUUGACUGCUGCAAGUACCUCUGCCUUGAUGAAGCCGACCGAAUGAUCGACAUGGGAUUCGAAGAGGACGUCAGAAACAUCAUGGGCUUCUUCAAGCAACAACGACAAACCUUGCUCUUUUCCGCCACCAUGCCCAAGAAGAUUCAGGAUUUUGCCGAACAGUCCUUGAUCCGUCCUGUGAUUAUCAAUGUCGGACGAGCAGGUGCUGCAUCGCUCGACAUCAUUCAGGAAGUGGAAUACGUCAAGCAGGAAGCAAAGAUGGUCUACUUGCUCGAAUGUUUGCAGAAAACAGCUCCGCCCGUCAUCAUCUUUAGCGACAACAAAAACGAAGUGGACGAUAUCCAAGAGUACCUUUUGCUCAAAGGCGUCGAAGCGGUAGCCAUCCAUGGUAGCAAGACGCAAGAUGAACGAGAGUACGCGAUUCGAGCCUUCAAGUCGGGUCAGAAGGACGUCAUGGUUGCUUCCGGUGUAGCGUCCAAGGGGUUGGAUUUCAGCGAGAUCCAGCAUGUGAUCAACUACACCAUGCCCAAGGAAAUUGAAGAUUACGUCCAUCAAAUCGGUCGUACCGGCCGAAGCGGAAAGACGGGUAUAGCUACGACGUUUGUCAAUGCAAACACCCAAGAGCAGACCUUGUUGGAUUUAAAGUACCUCUUGAUCGAGGCCAAACAAAGGAUCCCGCCGUUCUUGGCUGCUAUCCAAGAUCCUCGAAUUGUAGGCCCGGACGGCAAGCUCGCCAGUUGUCCCGUCUGCGGUGGUCUGGGCCACAGUAUCAGAGAUUGUCCCAAGUUGGAGGACAAUCAGCGCCGACAGACUGCUCAGUUCUCCCGAGGCGACGACCGAGGCUAUUAG